AUGAUCUUUUUGAAAACCUCCACCCAACACGUCACUCUUCCACUUCGUUGCGAGACAUCCAAAACAACGUUGCCACCUUCAAACUCAGUCAGUCAGUGGGAAUGAGUCACCCGAGCAAGUGCUGAGCUGCUCGAGAUACUCUAGCAAUAUCGCCACCUGUGUUAGUUAGGUUGCCUGAAGACUUGCAGUGAAGACAUAAUUUCAGCCUGUGCCUUUUAGUCAUAUUACUACUACAAUAACCAAAGCAACGUAAAAAUGGUCAAGUCAACUCUUUCUCUCGUGUCUGUGGCGGCAGUUCUCUCUGUGGGCACUGCGUUCCAACCUUUGGCCGGUGUUUCCACCCAAAGACAGACAAUGGAUUUCUGCAGAACGCAGCCGCUCUACAUGUCUGACGAUUGGGACGCUCCCUCCAAGUCUGCCAUGAUUGGUGGCGCUGGAAUUAAUAAUGCCGGAGAACCACCAUUUGAAAUUCGUGGGUUUUCUCUAGGUAACUUGGUGAUUGGAGCUGGACUCUUGACCACCUUUGCAUCCUUUGCCGAAUACUUGGGUGACAACUCGGAAACGUUAGGAGUCUCUGGUUUGGGCUUUGUCUACGGAAUCCCCAUCUUUUUGGCCGGAGCCGCUCUGAAAUACGCCGAAAUUGAACCCGUCCCGUGCUUUAGCACCAAGGCCGGAGAAGCCAUUUUUGAAAGCAAGGCCACCGAGACAAUUCGCAAAAUCAAGCAGGAUGUCACCCGUCAUCGAUAUGGAGAUGAAGCACACUUGGAUACCACCGUCAAGAAACUCGGUUUGGUCGUUCCUGGAAAGGCAUACCCUCAAUUGCAAGAAUUGCGAGAAGAAGAAAUCGAUGGAGAAUUGGCAUUCACCAUGGUGUGGCAAUCGUUGGAUACUCCCUAUAAAAUGUGGGCCGAUGAACGUCGCGUCAAGAAAUACGAAACCUUCUUUGGUCCUAAUAUCAAUGCCGAUGUCGUCAAGCUUGAUGCCGAACAACGAUUGGUUGGAAUCCGCCUUACUACUGGAGAACGCAAGGUGGAGACCCCAGAAGAGACAGCCAAGGAAACAACAGAAGCCUAAGGAGGAAAUAAUGAAAGAAAAAAGCAAUCCCAGAGGAGACAAACGCACCCCGGUAGACUAGGCUAAUUUCGGUGAACUUUUCAAUAGAUAUAUAUUUAUGACAC